AUGGCAAACUCAUCUUCUUCUGCGGGUGCUCAGCCCAAAAUAAUUGAGGAUAUUGUGGAAGCUGGAAAGAAAGCCUACGACCCAAGUAUUGACGCUGCUAGUCGAGAAGUUGGUCUUCAACAAUACAACAAGUUUAUUGAAAGCACCCCGGUAUGGAAAUUGUUACCUGCUCUCAAUACACUCAUUAAACCAUCAAUUCUCCCGACAUGGCUACGAGAACCGCUGCUCCAAACACUCACUCUUCUUCCCCUCCGUCCCACUGGUGUCAGAGGAACCAUGGAAUUCGUAUUCUCAGUACAUCCCAGCAAUAUUGGAAGAAUUCCAGAUGCCGGUUCCGGACCACAAAAGCAAGGUGCUAGCAUUACACAUGAGGGCGUAGCCAUUGCUACGAAAUUGCUUUCAUCGGUCCCGACUAGUAUGACACCCCAAGCUUGGUUCGACGGUAUCUCGGGGCAGCUGUUUGAGCUCGUCGACGGAACUGCCGGACCUGAACUUGCAAAAACUGCGUCGCAAGUUGUUGGCUAUGGUGUUUUAGGGAACAAGCAGUAUGGUGCACCUGGAUCACCUGGGUGGAACGCAUUUAUUCAGCCGCUAGUACAGGACAUAAAUCCAACACUGCGAACUAAUUCCAGCCCUAAUUCGACAGCCAUUAAGCAAGAGGAUGAGGAGAUUGUUGAUCUCAGCCGAGACCGUGUUUUAGUUAACGCCCAUUCACUUAAGACCUCACUACAGCGCCUCAAGACCUUGGUGAUAUCAAACUCCUCACCUGGACUUUGCAGGCGUUUAUUGAGACUUGUGUUGGUACAAGUAUGGGCGCUUGCCUCUUGGUUGAACCCAUUGCCAAGUACUGAAGAAGACUUUUGCAAACCAGCUCGCAUUCUGCUACAGGCAUACCUAAGGCUCUUUGGGAAUGCGGAAAGUCUCAGGCCGUUCAUAAGGAACCUUCUCUGCAAAGGCGCUACAGAUGGAACAGAAAAGCCUUGGGAGUAUAGGCUCAGAGGUAAAGGUGAUAUCGAGGUUGUAGAGCCUCGUGGGUCUGAGUCUAAAGCAGGCAUCGAACUGAACUGGAAUGAGCUCGAAGACAAAGCGACCAAGCUGGUUGAAUAUGUGACAACUUCGUGUUCCGUCACAGAAGUCUCGUCCACCUUCCUGAAUCUCUUGAAACGCUGGAUUGAAACAUCAAAUAAGCAAGGUGAGGACAUCAAGAUUGACUUGCGCCCUGAGGACGAGAUUUCGGAUUUACCUCUGCAAAACCUUUUCGAAGUCACCAUCCUACAAAAGCUUAUGGAUAAGGCACCCGAGAAGCUCGUGAGCCAGUUCGAUCAGCUACUGGAGCUGGUUUGCCAGGUUCUUACCGCAGACACACAGUCGAGGCUGGCAGAUGAUCUACUUGCAGUGGUACUGAGUUUACUCAACCUCGUGAUCACAGCACCCACGUUUCAAAAAUCCCACAUAAAGACCGAGGAGCUCAAGAUUGUCGAAUCUGCAUUGGAGAGAUUGAGUAAGGAAUAUCGACCACAGGUGGCACCUACAGCAAGAAACUUGGCUAUGCUUCUUAAAUACCGCGACGAGGUGGAACAAGAUGAUGGGUCGGCCUCGGGCCCCAGUACUCGACAGAUUGAAGAUCAAAGAACAUAUAAGUUAGCGAUGGAGUAUGUCACAGGAGGAGACGACAACCCGGCGCCUAUUGUGUCAGAAGGAUUGAACCUGCUCUCUGGUCUCAUAUUGAGGGACAGUCCGAUCCUCGACAUCCCUGCUGUCGCUGUACUCUUAUCGACUUUACUCGAGAACAAUGAUGACUACAUAAACUUGAGAGUCAUCAAGGUUUACACACAGCUGGCAAACAAACAUCCCAAAUCAGCAGUGCAGGAGCUCUUGGAUCAUUACUUAGAUCCACAGGAGAAGUCCACGACGGAUGUACGGUUACGAUUUGGUGAGACCUUGCUUCAAGUGAUCCAACGGCUAGGGGAGACUUUUGCAGGCGACGUUGCUCAACAAGUCAGCGAGACAUUGCUGUCAAUUGCUGGACGUCGUGGAUACCGAGCAAAGACCAUGGCUAAGCAGGCUCGUGAUGAGAAAUUGAAGAAAAUGAAGAAGAAGAAAGAGGAGGAAGACGACGAUGGUAUGGAUGUGGACGAAGAGGAAGUAACGGAAGAAGAAAAGGCCAGGAAUGACAUUUUGGCCCAAAUCCUUCAAGGGUGGGAAAGCAAGAGAGGUGCUGAAGAUGUUCGAAUACGAACUUCUGCACUGUCUAUCUUCGGCGCUGCCAUGGAGACCAACAUCGGUGGCAUUGGACCAACACUUGUGUCUGGAAGCGUUGACCUUUGUAUCAACAUCCUGGCUAUGGAACGUGAGAUGGAUACUGCUAUUUUACGAAGAGCUGCAAUCUUGAACGUGCUAAGCUUCGUGAGAGCACUCGACGCAGCCAAGGAAUCAGGCCGGAAACUCGGCUUUGGUCUCACUGACGAGAGCCGAGAAGACAUUGUCAGGUCACUUCAUUAUGUGGCUGAGACGGAUAAUGACGGUUUGGUACAACAGCAUGCACAGGACGUGGUGGAAAGCCUGGAGAACUGGCAGAUGGCAAGCAUGCUGCCCACGCAAGAUCAAACAAACAUCGGUCCAGGACUGACAAAGCUGGCGGGCCUCCACGUCAACCCAAGCGGGACUUUGGUAGACUCUGCAGGGAAGCCUCGGCCAAGGAUCGAGGAAGUGGAAUGA